UCUCCACUCGGUCCAUCACCGACACAUCCAUCCCGCGAGCAGGACGCACAGGAUUACGCCAAAUUGAUGCUGGUGUCGCGGGAUCUUCCUGUCGGCUCUUCAACACGGGCUCUUCUCUGAUUGUUUUCUGUUUCAAUUCUUCUUUGAUUCUUCUCCACCUCAACCGUCCUGUGGUGGGGAACUCGCCGGAGAGAAGCACUCUUAACUUGCGUGAAGGCACCCGACUGCUUGGCACGUUGCUCCACUGCAGGACAGAGAGGAGAGCGCAGCUGGACCCGGAGGCAAGAAACCAUCCGGCUGCGGCAGAGCCCGAGACUUUUGAUUUCCCCUAAAACUGUUUUUAUUCUUCUUUGAGAAUGAGUUGAUUUUCCCUCAGUGUCCGAGGAGCAGAGCAGGGAGAAGAUUCUUCUCCUCUUUUGUGUAGUGGUGCUGCAUUGCAGUUUCUAACUGUGGGAGAAACGCGAGAAAAGCUGCUGUCCCACAUGUGACUGGAAUAAAAAGCACUUGGAAACCAGCACCAUGAACUGGUAAACGUCCUCUGGUGACGGCGGGACGGGUCCCUGCUCUACAGGACACCCUGAAGUGGAUUAACCAAAGGCUGGGCGAGUUAGUUUCUGUUCUUCUUACGCAGCAGGAUGCGUUGUUUGAUAUCUACGUGGCUUGAACAGCCCCGCAAGACAACGGGAUUACUAUUAUAGAAGUUGGAAAAAAAAGAACCCGCAGAGCACAGGAGGAGGAGAAGAGAGAGGAAAGCCUGCAACCGCUGAAGUGAACAACAGUGAGAGCGCAGGAGCUUUCCCCCGGACCUCAGGCGGCAGUCCGCAGAGAGCGGUGCAGGGAGAGGGCGAGAGAGGAUAAAUCAAACACCCCCGCUGUGAGGUAACCCACACCAAACCACAAAACACCAAUAAAGAGAGAGACGAGCCUCAGCUCGGGGGCAGACGGAUCGCGAAGGAGCGAGGCGAGAGGAACCAGGAGCCAUGCAGGGGCUUGGUGCAGUGCACUCCUCCGCGGCGCGGGCUCUCAGCCUCGUGGCUCUAGUGCUGCAGCUGCUGACUCAGCCGCCGGGUGCCGACUCAGCUCUCCGGUACCGGGUGGCGGAGGAGGGCCCGCCUGACGUCAAGAUCGGCAACGUGGCCGCGGACCUGGGCCUCAAUGCGGGCACGGGAAACGGCGAUGUCACCUUCGCCCUGGAGAGCGGCUCGGAGUUCUUCAAGAUUGACAACGUGACAGGUGAGCUGACGACAGGCGCGCGGCGCAUCGACAGGGAGAAGCUCCCACAGUGCCAGAUGAUAUUUGACGAAAACGAGUGUUUCUUGGACUUCGAGGUGUCAGUGAUAGGCCCCCUGCAGAGCUGGGUGGACCUGUUCGAAGGCCGCGUGGUCAUAACAGACAUCAAUGACAACACACCUUCAUUCCCCUCACCUGUGCUCCAGCUCUCUGUGGAAGAAAACCGCCCAAUAGGAACCCUUUACCUGCUGCCCACUGCAACAGACAGGGAUUUUGGGCGCAAUGGCAUCGACCGGUAUGAGUUGAUCCAAGAUGGUGGUGCUGGGUCAAGUUCAACAAGGCGCACAGCAGGAGGAAACCCGAUUAGCAGAGCAGAAGGACUUGGGGACCGGAGGGGAAGAAGUGGAGACAGUGGAGGAGCCAGGAGCAGUGUGUUUGAAUUACAAGUCGCAGACAUACCAGAUGGUGAAAAACAGCCGCAGCUCAUCGUGAAAGGUACAUUGGACCGUGAGCUGAAAGACUCGUAUGAACUCAUCCUCAGGGUUCGAGAUGGAGGGAACCCACCACGCUCCUCCCAAGCCCUGCUUCGUGUGUCCAUCACUGAUGUAAAUGACAACAGCCCGCAGUUUGAGAGGUCCACCUAUGAGGCCGAGAUGGCAGAAAACGCUCCUCCAGGUACACCUGUGCUCCAGGUCAGAGCUUCAGACCGCGACAUCGGAGUCAACGGGCAGGUGGAGUACGUGUUUGGAGCUGCCACCGAAUCUGUCAGGCGACUCCUGCGGCUGGACGAGGCGACCGGAUGGCUGAGCGUCCUCCACAGGAUCGACAGGGAAGAGGUUGCUCAACUGAGGUUCACAGUCUCAGCCAGGGACAGGGGUCAGCCUCCCCGCACCGACCGAACCACCGUGGUGCUGGCUGUCCGAGAUGAAAACGACAACGUCCCAGUCGUAGAGAUCCGCAAGAUCGGUCGGAUCCCCGUUCGAGAUGGUGCGGCAUUAGUGCCUGAAAACGUUCUGGUGGACACACCAGUAGCUUUGGUCCAAGUGUCAGACCGAGACCAGGGAGAGAAUGGGGCUGUGACGUGCACAGUGGUGGGAGACGUUCCGUUCACACUGAAGCCAGCUGGGGAAACAGCACUCCCACCGCUACCUGCAGAUGAAGCCUUUGACAGGAACAAGAAAAAAUACUUCUUGCAUACUUCUGCCUUGCUGGACUACGAGGUCACCAAAGAGUACAGUGUCACCAUUGUGGCAGUAGAUUCUGGAAGCCCCAGUCUGUCCAGUAACAGCUCGCUGAUGGUGCGAGUGGUAGACAUCAACGACCAUCCCCCAAUCUUUGCCCAGAGUGUCAUGGAGGUUCACUUUGCGGAGAACAACUCACCGGGCGAGAGGGUAGUGACUGUGGUAGCUUCAGAUGCGGACAGUGGCAAGAAUGCAGAGAUUCUGUACUCCUUGGACUCUGCUGCCAAUGGGCCAUUUUACAUCGAUGCGGAUAAUGGAGAUAUCCGCGCCACUGGGGUUCUGGACCGUGAGCUGCGAGAGAGGUACGAGCUCCGGGUUAUAGCCAAGGACAAGGGCACCCCCCCUCUGCAAGGUUCUGCUACUGUUGUUGUUCAGGUUACUGACAGAAAUGACAACGCACCAAAGUUUGUUCAGGAGAUCUUCACCUUCUAUGUCAAAGAGAACUUGCUUGCCAACAGUCCAGUUGGCAUGGUCACUGUGACGGAUGCUGAUGAAGGGGACAAUGCUGAGCUCAGUCUGUUUGUGGAGAUGGAUGGAGCUGACGAGAAGAAGGAGGGGGAGGGUGGAGAGAAAGAUCAAGGUGAAGAAGUGUUUUCCAUCGAGAACAACACAGGGACCAUCUUCUCUUCUGCAUCGUUUGACCGUGAAAAGCUUUCAACCUACACCUUCCGAGUCCGCGCUGUGGACGGAGGCGAGCCACGCAAAACGGCCACUGCCACCGUCUCACUCUUUGUGACGGAUGAAAAUGACAACGCCCCCUCAAUCACCUCCCCGGCCAACGAGUCCUACACCCUUCUUCCUCCUGCCAGCAGCGCCCGCACCGUAGUCCGUACUGUUAUGGCCAUCGACUCAGACACAGGGCCGAACGCGGACCUUCACUAUUCUCUAGUGGGGGGAAAUCCCUUCAGUCUCUUUGAGAUUGGUCACGCCAAUGGUGUGAUCACCCUGGCAGAACCCCUGGAGCGGCGCCACAGAGGUCUGCAUCGCCUGGUGGUCCGGGUCAACGAUAGCGGGGUCCCAUCUCUCUGCGCCACGGCCCUGGUCCAUGUCUUUAUCAACGAAAGCGUGGCCAACGCUACCCUGGUGGAGGCACAGGUGGCCCGAAGCCUGAUGGCUCCGCUGCUGCUGGACAUUGCAGGGGACCCCGACAGUGAGCGUUCACUGGGGAAGCAGCGCCUCAGCGUAGCCAUCGGCGUCCUGGCCGGAGCCGCGGCCGUCAUCUUGGUGAUUCUCCUCGUUGUCACAGCUCGGCAAUGCGGUGCUCAGGGGAAGAACGGCUACGAGGCAGGUAAGAAGGAGCCGGAGGAGGACUUCUUCAGUCCUCCAGGGGCUCAACCUCAUGCCGGCCGUGGAGGAGGAUCCGAGCGUGGACGCAAACCUCGACGGGACAAACGUAACGGAAGCGGCGGUGGUGCCGCUGCGGGAGGAGGGAAAUCGGACAGAUCACUCUACAGCGGUAUCGUCACAGUCAACGGAUUGCGUCGCCAUGCCAAUGACGAUGAUGAGGAGGAUUUGAGUAGCGCCAGCGAGCGCCUGGCGGCCCGCUACUGUUCUAUGGAAGGUGACCCUGGCAGCCCGCGGAUGAGUGGCGGCAGGCGACACCAGUCAAGCCCAGACCUCGCCCGGCACUACAAAUCCAGCUCACCUCUCCCUGCGGUGAACCUGCAGCCCCACUCCCCCCCAGCCGAAGGAAAGAAGCACCAGGCCGUCCAGGAGCUGCCUCCAUCCAACACCUUUGUGGGCAGCGGAGGUUGUGUGGGGAGCGCUGGCUCCAGCAGCAGCAGCAGUGGGGGCAGCGGCAACGCAGAUGCAAUGUCCCUGGGAUCCGACCAGUGCUCAGACUAUGGCUGCCAGACUGGGAACAAGUACAGCAAACAGGGGACCCUCCGACGGGUGACCUUCUCGGUAGUCAGCCAGCCCCAGGACGGCGGCUGCUAUGACAGUGGCCUGGAGGACUCAGAGACGCCGAGCAGCAAGAGUUCGUCUGGGCCGCGACUCGGUGCCCUGCCGCUGCCGGAGGAAGGCUACGAGCGGACCACGCCGGAGGGCAGCGUGGGGGAGGAGGAGCAUCUGGAAAACGAUGCCAGACAGCUGCCGGACGUAGCCCUGACAGGAAAGUGCACCAGGGAGUGUGAUGAAUUCGGCCACUCUGACACUUGUUGGAUGCCCGUCCGUCCCACAACACGCCAGCGUCACGGCAGCGACCCCCCACGGCUCUCCACCUUCGCCCCGGGAGAUGAUAACAACAAUCUCCGUGGCCACGAUCAUGAGAGUGACAGCGAGAGUGCCGGCAGCGCAGGGAGCUCGGAACCCGGCAUGGUCGUCGGUGGAGAAGGUCAGAGAUUACCCAUAGCCAAUGGGGAUCCUCUCGGCACCCUGGGUAGUGGAGACCGCAACAGGAACAUGGGCGAUCACAACCGUAACCUUCUGAACCGCAAGAUGACCUCAGCAUCCUACGACACAUUUAGCAGCGCAGGCUUUGGGAGGCGCCAGCCAGAGGAGGAAGGAGGAGAAGGCCAGAACCCACCUGAGGUGAUACCACUGACGAGGACAGGAGGUGACUACAAGACCACGUCCUGUCUCACACUGUCUCGCCGGGAGGUCUACCUGUGACAGCCUGGCAACGGAGCUCUGAAAGAGAGGGAGGGCUGAAACUUUACUGGAGGGCCUUUUGAACCUGGAAAAUGUGAAAAUGUCAAGGAAGAUGUUUUCCAAAAGCUGUGCAUCAAAUCGGAACUUUUGGAUUCUGGCUAAUAUUUAUAGGCACUUAAACUUUAGCAAGUGACAGAAAAACCCUUCAGCGAGCUCUGACCGCAAGAACUUUCUAAAAAAAUGUUUCUUUUAAACUACUAGCAAAUGUUGCCUCCAGGCAAAGUUCGUAUUAUGUCCUUGUGGAGGAGGACAGCUACAUCUCCUCUUCUUACCUGAAUCGAAAGCAUGCCUGGCCCUCUGCCACAGAGGGAUGUGUGUGAAGAAGAGGGAGACUCAUACUGAAUAAAUCCUGAUGUUGUAAAUGCACAUUAAAAACUUCCUCUGAGGCUAUAGCGGAACAGAUUUGGACUCAACUGAUGAACCAUCUCCUGAAAAAACCACUGAGGUCUUAAAAUCGUUGAAAAGAGGUAGCAGGUCUUUGAUACUUGGAUUAAUUCAAACCAGUCAAGCUUUCUAAUGCCUAAUCAACUCUAUCGUAACCCAAGACAGGAAUAUUAAUCAAUGGAACUCGUGACCGCCACUCGAGUACCGACAAAAGUGUGGUCGCUGUACAGUUACACAAUAGAAAAAAAGUUCUGAUCUUGAAAUAUCCGGUACUGUUCUUUAAAAAAAACAUAAACGAUUCAAAACAAACUGCAACUUUUUUUAAUAGUAAUCAAAUGUAACCAUUUUGAACACAAGGUUCUCACAGUAGUGCCGCAGUUUCUCUGGCUCAUGUGAAAAAAAUUGUUAAUUAUUUUUGCCUUCACAUCCAGUGUGUAUAUAUUGUGUGUGUGUAUUUGAUAAAAAAAAAAAACGGCAGCGUCCCCUCUGCCGCUGCUGUCCGCCAUUUCAGAGUAGACCGACGCGCUGGGUCCUGGACGCGCCUCCAGCGUCUCCGAACAGUGUCCAUGUAUCAUCACAGGUUCUUUCACACACAUGCACACGUACGCAUGCACGCACUGACACAUACAGACGUUAGCAUGUGAACACAGACUCAACCAGUGCAUUAACAGAAUGUGAACAUGCAUCGCGCCGGAGUUUAUGACGAGACUCAGUGGCAGUGUAACAUAAAGUAUAUAAUAACUUUGCAUUAACUUUCAUACAGAACAACAUGAUACACACAUGCACACACACACACACACACACACACAGCAUAUUUAAACAUAAGUAGAAACACAAACCCUAUUAAGAAGUUUUGCAAUUCGCAAAAUUCAUAUGCACUAUGUGUGUAUGUCUUAAUCCUAAUUUUUUAUCAUAUUUCCUCUCAUUGAAACUAGCUGUAGCAUUUUGCCUGCUCCUCUCCAGCAAGUAUUUAAAAAUGAAAUGUAUUUAAAUAAUUACUCAUCUCUCUGACUGAUGUCUGAGGCUUCAUCAAGGGGAAUUUCAAUGACAUCUACUGUAUGUACUGAUAAACAAUGUAGAGGAAUAUGAGAUACUCUGCAUACUGUAAGUAAGACUCAUAGAAAAACCAAAAUUUCUGUAGUUUCUGUAAGAAAAAAAAGGAAAAAGAAAAGAAUCUGCAUGAAAGAAAGAUAAAGCUAACUUCUUUUCUCUCUUUUUUUAAAAACCACACGCCUUUUUGGAAACCAUGCCCAUUUGGAUACAUCUGUACUCUAAAUGCGUGUGCUCAGCGGGAAAUGGGAGAUAAUGAUGGCAGCGAAGGGAGUCAGCUGCAGCGGAUUAGACUGUUGCUUCUUUAUCAUGACUCGAGCACUUUGGGCUAACCUUGGGCCUUUCCUCUCAGUCUCAGCAGCCCAGAGUUGGCACGAAUUGGUGCCGCAGGCUGCACCAGGAAAAAGAACACUAUGCAGUGGGAGUGCAGAGUGCCCGCGACCCUUUUCACCGCACAGUGCCGACCUCAACACGCCCAUGCUGCUGUGCUGAGCCGUGCCGAUAACAAACUCCUUCACACUUGUCCUCUCCAGGAGCUACUGCACGACUCCAGACACACUCUGCUGCACUCGGGCUGACGAGGGGGUGUGGAUGAAGGCGGGCACAUCUUAAUUCUCAUCAUCCGUGUGUGGUUCGGCGGUGUGAUAGGGAUAAUAGGGUUAGGUCGUCCCUGCGGUCUUAAUGAGUUUCCUUUCACCACUCUCCUCCUCCCUUGAUGUGCAGAGAUCUCAUUAACGUUUUGAUUGGCGUAUGUAUACCGCUGCUGGAAAAUGCGAGCGAGUGUGACUCUUCAUUUUUUGGGCUGUCUUGGACGGAAUGAGGCGAAAGGGACGUUCUUGUUCAAGGACAACUUAGUUCAUUAGGGUCCCUGUAGAGCUCAGAGUCAGAAAGAAGAAUAGCGCUCAGGUAUGAUGCACAACAGUGUUUAAACUUUUAACUACUUGUAGUCGCAGCUUGACUGUGCGGAAACAGUGUUACGAUUUGUGCUUUGAUUUUUCACUACGAAUCGGCCUGAGAAAUGGGUAAAAUCUACUUGUGUGAUUACAAUUCAUAUGCCUGAACAAUUCUUCAACUUCACAACUCUGUAGCUUGUUCCGGGUCACCGCUGCACUUACUCCCUGAGCCUUCGUUACCCCUAGUUCCGUGACAUGGCUGUUUACUAAGCUCUGCUAUCGAUGGACUGUGCUAAAGAUGUUCUGAAAUAUAUGGAGUUACUGCUCUUCUGGAGUUCAUCACUGAAAACAGGAUUUGUGAAAACAAUCACAACAUCCUGCAGGGUACAAACACUGAGGCAGGUGAGCACUCUGUGGGAUCAACGUGUCUUAACCCCUUAGAGGCUACACAAAAGUCUUUUAGAACUUGCGUCCCAGUUUGUGAGUUGCAGAAAGAGACUCUGGACACCUUGCCUCAUCACACUGGUGUAUAUUUUCCUCAAAACUGCUGUUUUAUGGCAGCUCCAUUAUGGCACCUUUCAAACCCUCCAGUCUGGAUUUUAAGGGGAACUUGCUGUAAAUGAAUCUGUGUGGAUGUGUAUCUUUUUUUAUAUUGCACGUUUAAAAAAAAAAACAUGAAUAUGUUUCAAUCUACUGUAAAACAGAGAGGGGAGAACGACAGAGUUAGUACGUCUGAGACCCGUCACCCACUACUCAAGACUUUUUUUUAAACGGGCGCUUAAGCGGACAUCACGUACCUGUCUUCCCCCUCGUGCUGUUAUCCUUAUAGCCAUGUACAGAUAGAAAUGACACUGUAGAACAUACAACUCGAAUCCAUUACAGACAAUGGCAUGCUUAAGGUCUUAAAAUCUGCACUUGAGAUACAGAAAAAAUGAGAAAAAAAAAUGUUAUUUUUUAUUUUUCCUCUUUCCUCUGUUUUCUUUUCUUAUGGGGCUGGCUCUGUUGGUUUUUUUGCUGCUCCCUUCCUGUAAUUACAUAACGAACUAAUUGCAUUUGCUAUGAGGAGGAGGAAGAGGAGCUGUCGACGAAUGGUUUGGUAUGAAGA